AGAAGAAUAAAGUCAGUAAGCCAAUCAAUCAGAACUAAGCAUCAAGGAUGAAGUUUGUGAUAUGUAUCCUUUUUAUAUUAUGCAUCUUUCCAAAGCCAGAAUGCUUUGUUGAAGCACAAGGAGCAAGUGCUGCAGGUGCGGCUGCAGCUGGAGGAGGAGGAGCUGCUAGUGCCGCAGCUGCAGCUGCAGGCGGUGGUGGAUAUGGGAGAGGCUACGGUGGAGGAUAUGGUGGAGGCUACGGUGGAGGAUAUGGUGGAGGCUACGGUGCAGGAUAUAGUGGAGGCUACGGGGGAGUAUACUGGGGAUGGCCUUUUUGGUAUGGUUAUCCUUGGUAUGGUUGGGGUCCCCAUGGUUCCGGUUAUGACUAUGAUCAUUACUAGGAUUUUAUUAUGCUGGGAAAUUCUAGACGGCAGCAGUUUUCUAUUUCAGAAGAUGGUUAAACCAAUUUUGAACUCAC